CGCCCCACUAUCACUACAGCCGCGGCACGAUGCGGAGCGCUCAGGGUUACAACUAAGCACCGCGCGUCUCCUUUCCUUUUUUAUACUCUUUCUAUCGCUUUUUUCCAUCUUUUUACGCCUUUGUAUGCUGUUGAGUAUUUUUGUACCCAGCGCAGAGCAUGAGCUUUGUAGCAGAAUCAGGGAGAUAAUACACCCCGAGCUGUGUUUUCCCCAGUGCGCAUGGAAAUCCUCCGGAAUUUCACAGGUUUCGGGAUGCGCACAUCGCCGGGGAUUCCCGACUUUAACACGCUUCUGAUCUGAUGAGAGACAGUGUUAAGAGUGAGAGGAGAUUGUGAAGAUGGUGCAGAACGUGAUUCUGGUCUUCUUCCGCAGGAGACUGAGCCAAAGACCUGCUGUGGAGGAGCUGGAGAGCAGAAACAUCCUCAAACAGAGGAAUGACCAGACGGAGCAGGAGGAGAGGCGGGAAAUUAAACAGAGACUGAACAGAAAGCUGAACCAGCGUCCCACAGUAGACGAGCUACGUGACCGCAAGAUCCUCAUCCGCUUCAGCGACUACGUCGAAGUAGCCAAAGCUCAGGAUUAUGACAGGAGAGCGGACAAGCCCUGGACCAGACUGUCUGCUGCUGACAAGGCAGCGAUACGGAAAGAGCUGAACGAGUUCAAGAGCAACGAGAUGGAGGUGCACGCCUCAAGCAAACACCUCACCAGGUUCCACCGGCCAUAGCAAGGUUUCUUCUGUGAAGAAUAUGCUGGACGUUCAAGGAAGACCUCAGGAGGGUCCAUCCUGUGCCGUGGCCCAUGGGUCCCUGGAGGGCCUGCUGGUUUUUUGUGGUUUGUGUUUUUUUGGGCAUUAUCUCGGGAAGCUCGGAGGCUGUGUCUCUGGAAAAUCUCGUGCAACUCCAAAAACUCCUCAGCCAAGCUACACCUGUAGUUUUUUUCUCUACCUGGCUUUGUUUCGUAUUCAUUUCUUUUUUUCUUAAGAAGAACCUUGAUGGAAAAGAACAUUGAUUAAAAAAAACAAACAAACAACCCAGGUCCUUUUUCUUAAAGACUCUUUUUAAAAAAAAGAAGAAAAAUGCCUUUCAGUGCCAAUAAAAGGGAGGGAUGAGGGAUGAAGAAGGUCCUGCAUGUGAACCGUUUCCCCUCCCCAGUGAUGGUACUGUAGUCACACCUUACUAAAACUUGACUCCAGUUUCAUAUCUGCUGUAUAUAUGUCUGAAAUUCAUGUCUUACCUUUGUAAGCAUUAUUUAUUGUCUGCACAGUACAAGACUUGGAUUUUUACGAAAAAGCAAAA